GGGCGCGGUACUGCAGCUCCGCUCACGAGUCUCCGGGCGCCAACCUUAGCAGAACCAGUGUAGCUGCAGCCGCCACAGGGAUCCUGACAUGUUCGUGGCUCGCAGUAUCGCAGCGGAUCACAAAGAUCUCAUCCACGAUGUGUCGUACGACUUCCACGGCCGCAGGAUGGCGACCUGCUCCAGCGACCAGAGCGUGAAGGUGUGGGACAAAAGUGAAAGCGGAGAAUGGCACUGCACGGCCAGCUGGAAGACGCACAGUGGGUCAGUGUGGCGAGUCACCUGGGCUCAUCCGGAGUUCGGGCAGGUUCUAGCCUCCUGCUCCUUCGACAGAACCGCUGCCGUGUGGGAGGAGAUUGUAGGCGAGUCCAACGACAAGCAGAGAGGCUUGAGUCACUGGAUAAAGAGAACCACGCUGGUGGACAGCAGGACGUCGGUGACGGAUGUGAAGUUUGCUCCCAAACACAUGGGUCUGAUGCUGACGACCUGCUCUGCGGACGGAGUGGUUAGGAUCUACGAGGCUCCUGAUGUCAUGAAUCUCAGCCAGUGGUCCCUGCAGCACGAAAUCUCAUGCAAGCUCAGCUGCAGCUGCAUAUCCUGGAACCCCUCCAGCUCGCGGGCCCACCCUCCCAUGUUUGCUGUGGGGAGCGACGACAACAACGCCACAUGUGGGGGGAAGGUUCAGGUCUACGAGUACAAUGAAAACACGCGGAAAUAUGCCAAAGCAGAGACUCUGAUGACGGUCACUGAUGCGGUGCACGACAUCGCCUUCGCUCCAAACCUGGGGAGAUCUUUCCACGUGCUCGCCAUCGCAACUAAAGACGUCAGAAUAUUUAAGCUCGCUCCUAUGAGGAAGGAGAGCACCACUUCAGGACCCACUAAGUUUGAGGUGCAGAUUGUGGCCCAGUUUGACAACCAUAACUCUCAGGUGUGGCGUGUGAGCUGGAACAUCACCAGCACCCUGCUGGCCUCCUCCGGGGACGACGGCUGCGUGCGGCUCUGGAAAGCGAACUACAUGGACAACUGGAAGUGCACGGGCAUCCUGAAGGGCGACGGCAGCCCGCUGACGGGCUCGUCGGGCCAGCCCACGGCCAUGAGCACGGUGGUGGGCUCCUCCGUGCAGACCUCCCAGAAUGCCCUGAACGGGAUGGCAGCUGGAAGGUAUUUCUUUCCACCUCUGGAUCCUCCCAGAGAGGGUACAAGGUAUGGUCACCUGCUGCCUCCGUCCUCCCUCAUAGAGCACUGUGACGCUGAGCCCGUAGUUCAGCCUCAGCAGACGGGUUUACCCCGCAGAAUCUCCUCUAGAGCCUUGCUGUCCUUACCUGAGGCUGAAGAGCAAUGAAGUGCGUGAACGUUUUGGUUAAAAAGCGGGAUAUAGUUGGUGGGUGAGGGUGAACUACAAUGUUGCCAUUCACUUAAAGAAAGAAUUGUGUUAUUAUAUUUUGUUCCUUUUUUUUAUGUGCUUCAUUAGAAAAGAAAUGUACUGGGGAAAACUUUGUGUGGGGAGAGGUGCUUCAAUCAUGUAUAUAAUGACUAAUAAACUUUUUCAAAUUUAAAUUGAGGUAAUGUGCACUGAAUAUACCUUCUGUUUUUCAGGUCAUGAGACGGUGUCAAAUAGCACUUGGAAGUUAUGAUGAACUUAUUUUUGA